CUCAGACUCCUUCAGAGGUCCAGGGUGUCCCCCCCACCCCCAACACUGGGCUUGGGGCCAGUUUUAUUUCUUGGCUGUCACGUGGUUUCCCAGCUUAGCUGGGUCAGGGGAGGGGCAAAGUCCAGAGUCAACUCUGCUCCAAGGCAGAGCUUGACCAGAAAGGGGCACACAGACAGACGGGUCUGGUCUCUCUCGGGUCUUCCAGCCAUGAGGCUCCUCUGGGGGCUGAUCUGGGCAUCCAGCUUCUUUGCUGUGUCUCUGCAGAAGCCCAGGUUGCUCCUGUUUUCUCCUUCCGUGGUUCACCUGGGGGUCCCCCUGUCGGUGGGGCUUCAGCUCCAGGAUGCUCCCCCAGGACAGGAAGUGAAAGGAUCAGUGUUCCUGAGAAACCCAUACAAAAUUCAUGUCUCCUGCUCCCCAAAGGUGGACUUCCUCCUCACCUCGGAAAAAGACUUCAUUCUCCUCAGUCUCCAGAUACUCCCCCAAAAUGCUGAGAAUUGUGGCCUCAAAAGCCUCCUUGGAGGCCCCCAGGUUCAGCUGGUGGCCCAGUCACCAUGGCUGAAAAGCUCUCUGUCCAAAGACGUGGACACUCAGGGCAUCAACCUGCUCUUUUCCUCUCGCCGGGGGCACCUUUUCCUGCAGACCGACCAGCCCAUUUAUAACCCUGGCCAGCGGGUUCGGUACCGGGUCUUUGCUCUGGAUCAAAAGAUGCGCCCGUCCGUAGACAGCCUCACAGUCACCGUGGAGAACUCUCAAGGCCUCCGUGUGCGGAAGAAGCAGGUGUUUGUGCCCACGUCCAUCUUCCAGGAUGACUUUGUGAUCCCGGACAUCUCAGAGCCGGGGACUUGGAAGAUCUCAGCCAGAUUCUCAGACGGCCCAGAAUCCAACAGCAGCACCCAGUUUGAGGUGAAGAAAUACGUCCUUCCCAAUUUUGAGGUGAAGAUCAUCCCUGGGCAGCCCUACCUCCUGACAGCACCUGGCGUGCUUGGGGACAUCCAGUUAGACAUCCAGGCCAGGUACAUCUAUGGAAAGCCAGUGCAAGGGGUGGCCUAUGUGCGCUUUGCGCUCCUGGGUGAGAACGGUGACAAGACUUUCCUUCGGGGGCUGGAGAAGCAGAUCAAGCUGGUGGAGGGCCAGUGCCAGGUCUCCCUCUCCAAGGCAGAGUUUCAGGGUGCCCUGGAGAAGGUUAACGUUCCUCUGACUGACCUCCCAGGGCUGCGCCUCUAUGUGGCAGCAGCCAUCAUUGAGUCUCCAGGGGGAGAAAUGGAGGAGGCAGAGCUCACAUCCUGGCGUUUUGUGUCAUCUCCCUUCUCCUUGGACCUUGGCCACACCAAGCGACACCUCGUGCCUGGGGCUUCCUUUCUGCUGCAGGCCCUGGUCCGAGACAUGUCAGGCUCCCCAGCCUCUGGCAUUCCUGUCAAAGUCUCUGCCACAUUCUCUCCUGGAGCUGCUUCUGAAACACGUGACUCCCAGGGACACACAGAUGGGAGCGGCCAAGUCAUUAUCCCCUUCGCUGUCCCUCAGACCACCUCAGAAGUACAGUUCUCGUUGUCUGCAGGCUCCCCUCAUCCAGCCACAGCCAAGCUCACCGUGAGAGCCCCCACCUCAGGAAGCUCUGGGUUUCUGUCCAUUGAACGGCUGGACACUAAACCCCCUCGGAUUGGGGACACUCUCAGCCUGAACCUGCAAGCCGUGGGCAUCAGCGGGGCCAGCUUCUCUCACUACUACUACAUGGUCUUGUCCCGGGGCCAGAUCAUGUCUGUGAGCCGAGAGCCCAGGAGGGCCCUGACCUCCGUCUCCGUGCAUGUGGACUACCGCCUGGCGCCCUCCUUCUACUUUGUGGCCUUCUACUAUCACAGGGGCCUCCCCGUGGCCAACUCCCUGCGAGUGGACGUCCAGGCGGGGGCCUGUGAGGGCAAGCUGGAGCUGAAUGUGGACAGUCACAAGGACUAUCGUCCGGGGGAAACUGUGAAGCUCCAGCUGCGCACAGAUUCUUCAGCCCUGGUGGCCCUGGGAGCUGUGGACACCGCUCUGUAUGCUGUGGGUGGCAGGUCCCACAAGCCCCUGGACAUGGGCAAGGUCUUCGAAGUCAUGAACAGCUAUGACCUUGGCUGUGGUCCGGGGGGCGGGGACAGUGCCUUGCAGGUGUUUGAGGCAGCUGGUCUGGCCUUUUCUGAUGGACACCAAUGGACCUCAGUCAGAAAGAGUCUGAGCUGUCCCAAGGAGAAGAAAACCCGGAAAAAGAGAAAUGUGAACUUCCAGAAGGCAGUUAAUGAGAAGUUGGGCCAGUAUACCUCCCCAGCAGCCAAGCGUUGCUGCCAGGAUGGGCUGACACGGUUGCCCAUGACGCGCUCCUGUGAGCAGCGAGCGGCCCGUGUGCAGCAGCUGGCCUGCCGGGAGCCCUUCCUGUCCUGCUGCCGGUUUGCUGAGGGCCUGCGCAAGAAGACCCGGGCCAGGGGCCAGGUGGGCCUCGCCCGAGCCCUGGAGAUCCUGCAGGAGGAGGACCUGAUGGAUGAAGACGACAUUCCUGUGCGCAGCUUCUUCCCGGAGAACUGGCUCUGGAGCGUGCAGCUCGUGGACCGCUUCCUCCAGGUGCCGCAGGUGCUGCCCGACUCUCUGACCACGUGGGAGCUCCAUGGUGUGAGCCUGUCCAAAGCAACAGGCCUAUGUGUGGCCACACCCGUCCGGCUUCGAGUGUUCCGGGAGUUCCACCUGCACCUCCGCCUGCCCGUCUCUGUUCGCCGCUUUGAGCAGCUGGAGCUGCGGCCCGUCCUCUACAACUACCUGGACAAAGAUCUGAUGAUGAGCGUCCACGUGUCCCCGGUGGACGGGCUGUGCCUGGCUGGGGGCGGAGGACUGGCCCAGCAGGUGCUGGUGCCCGCACGCUCUGCCCGGCCUGUUGGCUUCUCUGUGGUGCCCACGGCGGCGGCGGCCGUGUCCCUGAAGGUGGUGGCUCGAGGGUCCGUGGAGUUCCCUGUAGGGGAUGCAGUGUCCAAGAUUCUAAAGAUUGAGAAGGAAGGGGCCAUCCACAUGGAGGAGAUGGUCUAUGAACUCAACCCGCUGGACUACCGUGGCCGGACCUUGGAAAUUCCUGGCAACUCUGACCCCAAUAUGAUCCCCGAUGGAGGCGGCAGCAGCUAUGUCAGGGUUACAGCCUCAGAUCCACUGGACACUUUGGGCUCUGGGGGGGCCUUGUCACCAGGAGGCGUGGCCUCCCUCCUGAAGCUUCCGUCUGGCUGCGGGGAGCAAACCAUGGUCCUUCUGGCCCCGACACUGGCUGCUUCCCAGUACCUGGACAGGACGGAGCAGUGGGGCAAGCUGCCCCCAGAGACCAAGGACCACGCUGUGGAUCUGAUCCAGAAAGGCUACAUGCGGAUCCAGCAGUUUCGGAAGACAGAUGGUUCCUAUGGGGCGUGGCUGCAUCGGGACAGCAGCACCUGGCUCACAGCCUUCGUGUUGAAGGUACUGAGUUUGGCCCAAGAACAGGUGGGCGACUCACCUGAAAAGCUGCAGGAGACAGCCAGGUGGCUGCUGUCCCAGCAGCAGGCCGACGGUUCAUUCCAGGACCCCUCUCCGGUUCUCCACAGGGCCAUGCAGGGGGGCUUGGUAGGAAAUGAUGAGACUGUGGCCCUGACAGCCUUUGUGGUCAUCGCCCUUCAGCACGGGCUGGCCGUCUUCCAGGACAACGCAGAGCUGAAGCAGAAAGUGGAAACUUCCAUCUCAAAUGCAAACUCAUUUUUGGGGACGAAAGCAAGUGCUGGGCUCCUGGGUGCCCACGCAGCUGCCAUCACAGCCUACGCGCUGACGCUGACCAAGGCCCCUGAGGACCUGCGGGACGUGGCCCACAACAACCUCAUGGCCAUGGCCCAGGAGGCCGGCGAUCACCUGUACUGGGGCUCGGUCAUCAGCUCUCAGAGCAACGUCGUGUCGCCCACCCCUGCUCCCCGCAGCCCGGCAGACCCCGUGCCCCAGGCCCCAGCCCUGUGGAUUGAGACCACAGCCUACGGCCUGCUGCACCUGCUGCUCCGGGAGGGCAAGGCUGAGAUGGCUGACCAGGUGGCAGCCUGGCUCACCCGCCAGAGCAGCUUCCAAGGCGGGUUCCGCAGCACCCAGGACACGGUGAUCGCCCUGGACGCGCUGUCUGCUUACUGGAUUGCCUCCCACUCUGCUGAGACGGGGGGGCUCAACGUGACCUUCAGCUCUGUGGGCCGCAACGGGCUCAAGUCCCACGUGCUGCAGCUGAGCCACCAGCAGAGUCAGGGGCUGGAGGAGGAGCUGCAGUUUUCCCUGGGCAGCAAGAUCAAUGUGAAGGUGGGAGGAAACAGCAGAGGGACCUUGAAGGUCCUUCGUACCUACAACGUCCUGGACAUGAAGAACACGACCUGCCAGGAUCUUCAGAUUGAGGUGACAGUCAUGGGCCAUGUCGAGUACACAAUGGAGGCGAACGAGGACUACAAGGACUACGAGGACGAGGAGGACUAUGGGAAGGAAGAGGACUCCGAGAGUCCAGGUCUCCCUGGGGAUGACCCAGGGGCCCCUUCCCAGCCCGUGACACCCCUGCAGCUGUUUGAGGGGCGGAGGAGCCGCCGCCGAAGGGAGGCGCCCAAGGCGGCUGAGGAGCAGGAGCCCCGAGUGCAGUACACUGUGUGCAUCUGGCGGAACAGCAGUCUGGGGCUGUCGGGCAUGGCCAUCGCGGACAUCACCCUCCUGAGUGGAUUCCACGCCCUGCGGGCUGACCUGGAGAAGUUGACUUCCCUGUCUGACCGUUAUGUGAGUCACUUUGAGACCGAGGGGCCCCACGUCCUGCUGUACUUCGACUCGGUCCCCACCUCUCGAGAGUGCGUGGGCUUCGGAGCCGUGCAGGAGGUGGCGGUGGGGCUGGUGCAGCCAGCCAGCGCGGUCCUGUACGACUACUACAACCCCGAGCAUAAGUGCUCUGUGUUUUACGGAGCACCGACCAAGAGCAAACUGUUGUCCACACUGUGCUCUGCUGACGUCUGCCAGUGUGCCGAGGGGAAGUGCCCUCGGCAGCGGCGCGCCUUGGAGCGGGGGCUGGUGGAGGACGAUGGCUACAGGAUGAAGUUCGCCUGCUACUACCCCCGUGUGGACUAUGGCUUCCAGGUGAAGGUUCUCCGAGAAGAUUCCAGAGCUGCUUUCCGCCUCUUUGAGACCAGCAUCAGCAGAGUCCUGCACUUCACCAAGGACACCCAGGCCACUGCUGGUCAGACCCGAAACUUUUUGGUUCGAGCUUCUUGCCGCCUUCACUUGGAACCUGGGAAAGAGUAUUUGAUCAUGGGUCUGGACGGGGCCACCCAUGACCUCAAGGGACAACCCCAAUACCUGCUGGACUCCAACAGCUGGGUUGAGGAGAUGCCCUCUGAGCGCUUGUGCCGGAGCACCCGCCAGCGGGCAGCCUGUGCCCAGCUCCGCAGCUUCCUGCAGGAGUACAGCCUCCAGGGGUGCCAGGUGUGAGGCUGCUCUCCCCCCAGGCUGGCCCCUGGCGGGCCAGGGCUCAAUAAAGACCUUUGACAGCCAA